CUCAAAUAUGUGCUUGAUUGACCAAGUGGUUGAUAUUGUUCCAGCAAGGAAGUCCAGGUAGCUUUCAGAACAGUAGCAGCAGAACUGGUGAUAUUUACUGAAUAUGAUGGACUAGAAGCUGGCUUAUUCUUGAUGAAAGAGCCAUGUAAAAAAAGAAUUCGCCAACCCCUGUGACUGAAUUUGAGCGAUAAUGUCAAUGGAAUUAACACACUGCCAUUGUUGAAGGGUCUCCUGUGGCUAUAUAAACAUCAAGGAGUUUCCUGAUCCUGGUUGCAAGUGGAAAAGAACCUGUAUUUUUGCAAGUAUAUUUUCAUUUAUCUUCGUGCAAGAAAAAAUUCAGGCAUACACAGGAUCUCCUGAACAAGUAAGAGACAGCUCUUCUGAAGAACAGGAGUUACGGAGCCCUUCUGCACUUCUUCUCUGGGCUUCUUCAGGAAACCUCUCUGCAGAUGGCUCACAGCACCAGUGCCAAAACGGGCACCAGCCUUGUGACAGCUGCAGCUUUGGCCAGUGGCAAAUAAGACCAGUGACAAUGCCAGGUGGAUAUGGCUGAACAUCACUGUCUUCAAAAGAAAAGCUUAAGUGAUACUAAGCAACUCUUAGGGGAAAACCUGGAGGCGGAAGCGAGGAACUGCAGAAGUCAGCAAUUCCUCCCUUGAACAACUCUUUGACAAUAUGAUGCGAAGGGAGGAGAAGUAGUAGUUCCAUCCUGGAGAGGAAGUACAAGACAAAGAGUGUUCAUCCCAUGCAGAUGGCAGAGUAUCCUUCGUAAAGAGCUGCCAAGACGCUCUGGAACUGUGGCCUACGUGUGCCAGUCUGAGAGCCCCAGACACCAGAGAUGGCAAGAUGAUUACCCGUCUUGGAGAGCUCCCAGUUCAGAAGGUAGGAAUGGGGAGGGGUAGGUGUGCAGACCAGUUCCCUACAGGGUCCUGUUGAGUGUUAAGGGUUAAAGCUUCCCGUAAGGCAGGAGAAGUGCCAGAAAACAUUUGCCUUACUACAAAACCCAGAGGGGAAUGUUUCUAUCUAAUCACCUCCUCAAAGAGAUGCAAAGCAAAAGCUCUUGGCCUCUGCUUUUGUCAUCACACAUCCCCUCCCUUCUGCGCUGCCCUACCUCGUCCCCUUCAGCAUAGCGGGAGAGCCUACUGUUAGAGCUAGGCACAGCAGGAUUUUUACCUGCUGCUGUAAAUGAGCUUGGAGCAGAGCUGUGUAUGUCACUGACUUACACAUGUCAGAUCCACUCUCUCUCCAAUCCCUUUCCACACCCCCAGCCUCCAAUUUGCCAGUGAAUUGUUAGACACCGGCACAUUCACCUCGGACUUCCCAGUAAACUGCCUGAGGGCGCUGCACGGACAGAGGGGCAAGAGGGUAAUGUGCUAAAUUCCCCCUUUGCUAGUGAUGAAUUUCCUGGGGAUUGCUCCUGUUAGCCACGCUUUCCAGCAAUAGUAACAAAUUCACUUUUUUUUUUUUUUACUUUUAAAACCUUUGCAGUGUAACUAGAAUGGCAGGGAGAAAGCUAGUUGUUAACUAGUCAUGGGUAAUUAAUGACUCCACCUUCCCCAUCAAUCAGCUGGGAAAAGCCAAAAGGAUUUGAGUACUUGGAGCAAAUGUGUGUUCUCUAGACAUGCUGAUAAGCAGUGUGCAAAUGGAGUGGCAGCAGGAGACCAUCUCAUACCCUUGCGUGGAAGAAGCAGUAAGUCAUGAUACACAUCCCACGCUCUUGUCAGAUUCUGAUUAUGGUUGUCUUUUCCACUUUCUACAAUUAAAAUACUAGCAUUAGAAAAUCAGGACAUGGGGUGGGGGGGCAGAUUUGAUGCUGGCUCUCCUUUUGUAGCAGAGCAAAAAAGCAUUUCUGCAUCCUGUUUUGUUUGUGUCUGGUAGUGGCUUUGCAAGUACAAGCAGAGGAGAUUUGACCUUGAUACCAUUUUCAGCUAUCUUUUUCCUUCCGAUUUAUUUUUCCACAUAUGUGAUAAAUAAUCUCCAGUUGAGCUACAAGUUGAUGUUGCUCCACCACGUCAUGGUCCUCCCCUUGGUGGUACUGAGACUCCCCAGCUCUGGAUGUCCCUGAGUUAGCUGAAGGAGAAGAGCCUGUGGUCUUCUGUGUUAUCCAGAAGUUUUAAAGGGAUGUCAGGAAGGCUGGAUGUGGUCCUUCAAAGGUGCCAGCAGCCAAUGGACCAUCUCCUGCUGUAAAAUCCUCCUCAGGACUUCUCGAACUCUCCAACCCCUUUCUUUUAAACGUUCUUCCUUGCCACACUAGGCAUUGGCUUUUCUCUCCCUGCCUAGUACUGGGGUGCCUACAAUUCAAUCUACUCUUGAAAGAGAGCCAGUCCCUCCUCUGAUUAAACUCCUUUGUCCUCUUUGCAUGUCCUUGCACUGCCUGCUCCAAACGGCAGUAAAAACAGUACUAAAGGGAUGUUGUCUGGGUAUAGGAACUGACUAAAUAAAUUCAGAAUAUGUUUUGCAUGUCGGACUAAAAAUCAGAUGUCCCAAAACCAUCACUGACAAAAUAAAAACCCGUUUAUUUUCCUGGGAGCAAAACUAGACCGUGAAUCAGCUGCAGCCUUACAGCAAGCUCUUUGAAAUGUACAGAGCUCCUGAAUUUGCUGUGCAGGAUCCAACACUGGCCCAUUGAGACCGAUAUCCCGCUUUUGACCUCCACUUUCUGAACGUCUUCGACCUUUGUAAAUGUUAGUAUAGCCAUUUCUGUAUGUGUAUGCAUAGAACUCCCUUCUUAACCGAGGUGUAGUGGCUGUUCUGUGCCCUGAAGCGUGAGACUUGAUUGCCGUCUCUUAGCACUUGUAAGCACUUAUAAGUACAAAAGCUAAUGGUGACACUUGCAGAAUAAACUAAUUAAGGGAAAAUGCUCCAGUCCUUCAGUUUCUGCUCAGCCUUCCUUCAGUAAGAGCAGUGCCUUGAACAAGGCCUAAAACGGGUGCCUGAUCCACCAUGAGACUCUUGGAUCACUUACAAUAGCCCUGGAAGGUGCCAGCCCAAGGAGUUUGCUCCAGUAAAAUGAUAACGCUAGCGUGGCUGUGUCAUUAAACAAUUGCAACUUUCAGUUGUGAAGCUCAGCUGAAAAGGUACUGCACGUAGAGCAGCCUCGGUCCUGAGCUGCAGAACAGACGGGGUGCAGCGGUGAGGACCCUGCCGUAGAAAAAGAGCGGAGUAGGAAAAUUAACUGUGCGGUUAAGGGCUGUGACUGCAGAGAUUGGGUAGGUAAGUAACGUUAUCUCAUCAAAUGGAGAAGACAUCUGUUGGUGAAUGAAUGCGUUGCUGCAGCAUCCCAGUUGUGAGAGCAAACUUUACCACAGACUGUUAAUCACCCACUUGGGAAGGAACAGGCUUGACACAGUCCUGAUUCUGAUAGCAGAAAUCAAGAGUAAAAUGAUUCUGUGCUCUGGAGAUGAAAAUUCUAUCAAAUCCAUGGAACAACCAGAAGGAAAUUUUUCCUGCUUGCUGUUUAAGGGAUUGUUUUAUUUUGUAGCCCCAGCCAUUGCUGCAGAUCCUUCCUCUCUUUGUCCCUUUGGACAUCAAAGGAUCGCAAGGGGACAGCCCUGGUGAGAAGCUCCUCCCUGCUCAUUAGCCUCCAUAAAACAGGAACUCACCUUGGCUAGCUGUGCUUGGAGUCCCAUCCUCAUCCCGGUCACUCUUGACACUGGAUCUCAGAAGGAAGGGCUUUUGCUGGCUUCAGGAAAUCAGACCUGCUUUUGAACUGGACUAUUUUGGCUUCCCUUGUAAGAACUCUGGUGACUCUCUUGGCCGUGCAAGCUCCUAGCCUCCACAGUACAUGGAAAAAUGCAAGCUUUACCAGACGUGAAAGCGCCGUGUGAGGCACUGCCUUCCCCCAGCCUGGAGCCCUACCCACAGAGCUCCAUUGUGGUCACCCUUGAGGACAUGGGUCUCUGGAUGAAGUUUCAUCAGAUAGGAACUGAGAUGAUCAUCACCAAAUCUGGCAGACGAAUGUUUCCACAAUGCAAAAUCAAAGUCUCUGGCUUAAUCCCAUAUGCCAAGUACCUCAUGCUGGUAGAUUUUGUGCCGAUGGACAACUUCAGGUACAAGUGGAAUAAAGAUCAGUGGGAAGUUGCUGGAAAAGCAGAGCCCCAGCUCCCUUGUCGCACCUACGUCCACCCAGAUUCCCCAGCUCCUGGCAGCCACUGGAUGAAAGAACCUGUCUCCUUCCAAAAACUGAAGCUCACCAACAACACUCUGGAUCAACAUGGGCAUAUCAUCCUCCACUCCAUGCACCGUUACAAGCCUCGCUUCCACAUUGUGCAGGCAGAUGACCUCUUCAGCGUCCGCUGGAGCAUCUUCCAAGUCUUCAGCUUCCCUGAGACUGUCUUCACUUCUGUUACUGCCUACCAGAAUGAGCAGAUUACAAAGCUCAAGAUUGACAACAAUCCAUUUGCUAAAGGUUUCCGUGAGCAUGGGAAGAACACUCGAAGGGAAGGACGAGCCAAAUGCCAGAAGCCUAGUCCAGCCAAGGGCCAGAAGAGGAAGCUGCCCGAGGAAAAGGAGUCUGGUGCUGAGGAAUGUGAUUUUGAGAAAGAUGAGAAUGUAGAUGUGAAGGAAGAGAGUAACCCCGUCGUGGUCAGCAGCGGAUACCCCUUCUGGGUCUCGGAGCAGAACGGCAGCCAUGCCUUUCCUGCGGCGUCACCGGUCCCAGCUGACCAGAGGGAAGGUCUGGCCAGAGAGCAGCAAGUGCCGACACCAUCCUACCAGACGUAUCGGUUCCACGAAGCUGGGGACAGCCAGCAGCUUCCCACCCGCGAUGCCGCAACCUUGAACGAUUUCCGGGCAAGGUGCCACCCCUUGGAUCUCACCACGGUGCCCGAGCACGACUCCAAACAGCUCCCGGAGGGCUUCACCAACCUGCCUCCGCUCCCUCCGCCUCUGCCUCCUCCCCAGGACUACACAGGAGUGGUGAACAUGGCUCUAGACUCUGUCGGGAAACCGGGGGCCCGAGCACCCGUGUACAGUCCCUACGGCACCGAGCAAAGCCUCGGGCAGUGGAUGGUGCCUUCCCACGGCCAGUACAGGGCAAUGAGCUACUCGGCCUUCUCCGCAGAGUACAAUACACAGGGGGCUCCGGGACAUGCCCAUGGGACCGUGGCAGAGUGGAGCCAGUACCCUCUGUUCCCUUACGCCUGCUGGUGAACGGGGAAGACCCUUCCCGAUGAAAAAACUGAAAGAAAAUUGUAAAUGAGAUCAAAUUUGCUCUGGGGUGUUGACCUUUUGAAGCCUUGCCUACGCUAGGCAAAGAGGUAUUGCUGCAAGCGGUAGCAUGGGACACCUCCGCUUCCUUGUCUCCUUGCACAACGACCCUCACCGUAUUUCACAAGCCGUGGCUAAACUGGUGGCUGCCCCGGCCACGUCAGUGUGGGUCUGGCUGAAUCAAUGUGUUCCGCGGUGGUUUUUUUCACGGCGGGAGUAGGAAAGCACAGGAGCUGCAAGAGCGGUAUUUAAAGAGCUGCCGAACUCUCAGUCCCAGGCUGUUUGCGUCUCGCAUUUGGCAGUUGCCAAAAUCCCUUCCUCACAGGACUUGCGUGCAAGGAGAUAGGGGCUGAGGUGAGGCCAUCCAGGCGGCCAAGAAGCUGUAGAGAAUUAUUGCAAAGACGAGCAAAACAAGCAAUCCUGGUGUCCCCUUGAGCAGUUUCCUCACUUAGUAUAGUCAAACUAAAGCUAGAGUCUUGCCUGCCUUCCAGCAGCAUACGAGAGUAAAAUACACAGCAACGCAGGUGCGUCUGGAGCGCAGCCGUGGGUUGUGCAGGCAGGGAAGAAUUUGUCCCGUGCAGGAGAAGCGGCAGCAAGGCCGUGUGUUGGGUCUGCAUGUCCCCUGUGCCCGUCCCUCUUCUGUCACCCCUAGAUUGGAGGUUAGUGAAACACUCUUCUUUCUGCCGGUCGUGGAGGGAGGUUGUUCACAGAAUGUGGGGGGCUGCUCUGGGCGUUUCCAAAGGCCUGCGGUUGUCAGAAACAGGGCCACAAACAGCAGUGCUGGCUGUGUCACUCUGACCUCUUCCUUUCAAGGGAAAGGAAACCUUUCACUGUGAACUUCUUCCUUCUUCCACCCCCUGCCACCCCUGGAGAAUAUAACUUAUAGUUGUGGUUACUGUGCUACACUCUGAGCGAGCUUUGUCAACAGAAAAUUCUCACCAGCCGGGCGUUGCUCAUCAGGCAUAUACUUUAAUUGAUACCCUGUAGGCACUGAGCUGCGAGCUGCGUUGCUGGCGUGCUCGGCACCUCCCAGGCUGGCCGGCGAAGUCACCUUGCCGCUCUUUGGGAGUCUGUAGGGAUCUGCUUCCAUGUUUAGUUAUCAGAGCGGUUUCACCUCCCUUACCUCUGUGCUCCCAUCGUGGGGAGGAGCUGUUCUGCCAGCGAGCAGCCUGCGUGCUGCCUUGCAAAGAGGAUUUCUUUUUAUCUUCGUGUUAGAAGGGGGAAGCAUCCCCUGUUUGCCCAAGUGACAGGGUGGCCCUGGCAGUGGGGUCUUGUUUGAGACAGGCUCUUUGCUUCUCAGGGAGGAUAGACAUGUUCCUCGGUGUUAUUUAGGGAAUGUUUUCUUGUAACACUUUAAAUAAACUGCUGUGUGGCCUGUAGCCAUCGCUACGCAGCGAGGUGCAUCUUUUAGCUAUCAUUUAGCGUGUAUGCCAGAUGGUUUUCUCUCUGUGUGCCCAUACGUGUGUGUAGCAAGAUGUUGUCUAUAAGCAGACCUGGGUGGGUUUGUGACCACCAGUGCAUCAGGACCGGUGUGUGGGUACACCGGGAAAGGCCGUGCGCUGGUCUCUUUGGGUACCAGGUCGGCACUGUGCGUGUGCGUAGCGUAGAGGUGUCGAGCCAUGUUUAUUAUUGUUAAAAUGAUUUUGAAAAGUAACCCUACAAAUUGGUAAAACUCGACUACAAUGACUGCUUCCUUAUUUAAAUAGUAUAUUGCCAACUGCUUUUGUUACCACAAUUACAAUACGUGCAGAGCAGCCAAGUACUUCCCCUCGGCUUCACAGGAUGGGUGUGAGAUGUGCAGCGUUUAAAUAAAGGUCAGACUUCACCACAGUAUAUGUAUAUAAUACCCUAUUAGCCUCUCGUCUGAUAGCACCCCGGCCAGUAGCGAUUUGUACCUGCUGUGCAUGACACGCACGUGGAUGCGAGUGACUCACUAAAAAGAAAUCUGGUUGGGGGAAAAAAAUGUGGAGGAGAUUGUUUUUAACCCCAGAACAUUGUGAUUUCCUGCUGUCCAAAUGCCAGCUGACUGAAGGCAGGUCAGCUGUAAAAGGCCGUCCUCUGGGGAUGAGAAAAAUAUUCUGUCUCUGACCAUUAGUAGUUGAUUUUGCCACCACUGUUUUCCGCAUCUUGGAAAUCAGAUGAGAAGGCUGGCUAGGGAGUUCGGUGCCUUGAAUCCUGAGCGUGGGGACCCUGGGGGUGGUACUUUCUGCGAGGCAGUCCUCCUGGUACCCCGCCGUGAUGGCUGCCAGUGCCAUGCUAACAAGAAAAAAGUAGUACAUCACCCUCACAGGCUACUUGGUUAGAUCUGUUUCUUUAUCUUUGAAGUGGGGUUGUAUUUCCCUCUCGUCACAGGGUGCUAAUGAGGAUGAAAACCAUGCUGUGGCGAGUAUGAGUAACUGAGGAGAACUGGGCAGUACAGGGAAACUCCUCUGCAAAUAUGGGUGUAAUGUUCUUUUUUUCAAACCUUCAGAGUAGUGUUGCAAGUACUGCUGCCCCACGGGCCUGUUGGUAGAGCUGAUUUGGCAGACGGCUCUGCACCGGGGUAAAAGACUCAGACUUGUGCCUAGGACGAGCCAUUAAUUACUCAUCAGCCUUCUGUUGCAACAGGACUCCUUGCCCUUCUUCAGUGAAUCAUCUGGCUUAUUAGAAAAGUACCUUUAGCUUCCUCGCUCGCCUGUCUCUGGUUAGAGACUGCGGCUUGGCUUGUUUGUGUGAAGCCUUUGGAAAUUUUGCCCGUAGGUGUGUGCUCUGGACUCUGCUGCCGCCUCCUCCCUUUGCAGUUCCCACUGUCUUGUUUUCUUCAGCUGUGGCAUUUAAAAGUCUGUAUGAGCUCGACUGAAGCGCUGUUUUUGCACGCAUGUGAGAUAAUGUAAUGCCUCUCUGACAGCUUCAAUAAAAGGAAAUGAGACAUGCGGAAGGCAGGCCAUUAAGAGCAAUAAAAUAAACUCUAAAGUG